AUGGCCGCCCUUACUAUGACUCCUACCACCAUGCGGCAGCCCUUUGCCAGCCUCGAUGCACCCCGUAUGCGCUCCUUGCUUAAGACAAAAAUGAACAGCAAGAACCAGCAGAAUGGUAUGGCUUUCCCGGCCCUUGACCACACAUACAACGUCCUUCUAACACUCGGCUUCACGUCAGGUGCGUCCCCUGCCAAGAGGAGGCCUUUGGCUGAGGUUGAUGCGGAGAAUAUCGACCCGGUCACCCUAAACAUGUCAACAAAGCGAAAGCGCGGCUGCGAUGAAGAAGACCACGAUCCCAGCAAAUGCUCUCCCAAGCCAUUGAAGACCUCUCGUAUGGCUCUGACCGUCGUGAAAUCGAACAUUGCGUCCCCCAUGCCUUCCUCUACCUUCAAGGCACCUCUCUCGAAACCUAAAUCCACGCCAGCUCUCAAGCCUGUCGGCCGUUCGCCUCAGGGCAAAUCCUGCAAAGCAUUUGCUCGUCGCUCCACCAUCAGCAAGAGUCGGCCAGAACCCACGGGCAGAAAGAGCAUAUCCCGGCCUUUCUCCAUCGCGACAGUAUUGGGUAAUGCGCAGCCCAAGAGCCAAACCGCCCCUAAGACUCCAGCCUCCUGGUCUUUUGAGAUCCACGUGGACUCGGAGCAGGAAGAAAUGACCAACCUGAUGCAGCACUCCACCUGCGUGCUGGAUAUCAGCGAUGACGAGGGCAAGGCGGAAUUCUCAAGUCGCGGCAAGGAGAACAUUCCCCCGUCUGAGUUGGGAACUGACCUGUCUCGGACACGUGAGCGAGAGACUUCCGUCUCAAGAAAGACUCAGAUGACGGAUGAGCCUCGCUCUCCGCUCGGUGAACUCAAUGCCGCGGACUACUAUGGCGAAGAUUGCCAUGCCUUUUCAUAUGCCGUGGUUUACGACGAGGAUGAGACCGCCUCGGAAACAAAGACCGCCCUCCCUCCCCUGCCACGCAACCCCGCUCGGACAAAGUUGUCAAGUGUAUCAUCCAUAUCCUCGAUCCUUGCAGCUACCCAACCCGUCAAGACUACCGAGUCUACAAAAUCUGAGGCAGAAAUUGAAAUCUGGGAGAGCCAGAGCACUGCAGAUGAAUCAGAGAAGGCGAUAGAGAGCAACCCCAGCGAUGAGCUCUCCUCAUCAUCGGCCUAA